AUGGAGGUGGCCGGAGGAGGAGCCGCUGUUGUUGUUGGUGCGUCGUCCCCGCGGCGGGUGGUGGUGGUGGACGAGAGCGAGGAGAGCAUGCACGCGCUCUCUUGGUACCUCUCCAACGUCGCCGCCGUGGUGCUCGUCCACGCCCGCUCCCCGCGCCCGUUCUACUACCCCUGCAUCGACGGCGCCGGGUGCAUCCUGACGCAGCUGGUGAUGGACAGCAUGGACCAAUACAUGGCGUCCGCGGCGGACACCGUCAUCACCAAGGCCAAGAGCAUCUGCACCGCGUUCCCCAACGUGAGGGUGGAGACGUGCGUGGAGAAGGGCGACCCGCGCGACGUGAUCUGCGGCGCCGCGGAGAAGGCCGGCGCCGACUUGCUGGUGAUGGGCAGCCACGGCUACGGCUUCCUGCAGAGGGCGCUGCUGGGGAGCGUCAGCAACCACUGCGUGCAGAACUGCAAGUGCCCCGUCGUCGUCGUCAAGAGGCCCGACAGCAAGCAGCAGCGGGCGCGCGGCGGCGCGAGUCUUGGCUCGCCUUGA